UGGUCGCAGCGUUCGAACAAUCUGAAGCAAUCGAAGAAUUUCGAAAUGGGUUUAUCGACCCUUCCUGCUCCAUCGGAAGGAAUGCUGUGUAUCAUAUUGGUAAACACAGCAUCAUCAAUAUCCACCUUCAAAGGCAUUGUCCGAUCAAUUCUCCACAUUGUGGGCAUCCUUCUCACAUCAUCCUCUACGCCUUCAGCCACAUCCCAUGAGAAUCCACCCGAAUCGUUUGACCUCCGGUCCUGCCAUUCAGACAGUCCCCUGAAGCAGUUCAGGAACCGUACACCGGCCCUGAGAUUCAGCAGCCUCUGCAGCUGCAUGAAACAGCCUGACCACGACUGCUCGGUUUGCCUGACGAGAUUUGAGCCGGAGUCGGAGAUCAACAAGCUAAGCUGUGGCCACUUGUUUCACAAAAUAUGCUUGGAGAAAUGGAUCGAUUACUGGAACAUCACUUGCCCACUUUGUAGGGCUUGUCUAAUUCCAGAAGAAGAGAUCUUUCCAUGCAUCUGGUGAGAGCCCUUUGCCAGAGUUCUAAUCGAUGGUUUUGUACAGAUACUUAUGUGUAGCAGCGAUGAUCAGUUAAGAGGCAGGUUUUCAGACAGAUUAGAUCCCCAUGGGAUCGAUCUCGCGAUAUAUCUGAUGUACAUACAUAUCAUUUGAACUACUUCUAUGUAAGAAGAUCUUUGGGUUUCAGCGUUGUGCC